CUAAACUGGUUUGUCCUAAAGGAACCAAGAAGAGCUGUGACAGAGGAGGAGAUGAGGUGGAGAAGAGAGGAGGAGAUGAGGAGGAGGAAGACUCCAGAAGAACGAGUCUGAAAGAUGAAGAGGUGUUAGAGGAGAGGGGGGAGAGGGAAGAGGUGUUGGAGGAGUGGGUGGAGAGGGAUGAGAUGGAUGAGAGGGAGGAGAGGGAAGAGGUGUUGGAAGAGAGGGAAGAGGUGUUGGAAGAGAGGGAGGAGAGAGAUGAGAGAGAAGAAAGGGAUGAGAGGGAGAAGAGGAAAGAGGUGUUAGAAGAGGGGUUGGAAGAGAGGGAGGAGAGAGAUGAAAGGGAUGAGAGGGAGAAGAGGAAAGAGGUGUUAGAAGAGGGGUUGGAAGAGAGGGAGGAGAGAGAUGAGAGAGAAGAGAGGGAGAAGAGGGAACAGGUGUUUGAAAAGAGGGAGGACAGGGAGGUGUUCAAGGAGAGGGAGGAGAGAGAAGAGGGGGAAGAAGUGUUGGAAGAGAGUGAGGAGACAACGGAAACACCUGGCCAUACCUCUGAUGGGUUUAGAGGAGAGGAUGAAGCAGAUUCCCGUCGCAGCAUCUGGACAUCGCUGCCACUUUACAGUCAUCUAUAUCAGACACCAACCAACGUGUCUCACAACCUUUCAAAGGCCCCUCAGCAGCAGAUCAACUUAACUUCAGAAAAAGACCCGUCGUAUAACCAACAGACCAGCUCUUCAAAUGACCCUGACCCCACCACCCUGACCCCACCACGGACCAGCUCUUCAAAUGACCCUGACCCCACCACCCUGACCCCACCACGGACCAGCUCUUCAAAUGACCCUGACCCCACCACCCUGACCCCACCACGGACCAGCUCUUCAAAUGACCCUGACCCCACCACCCUGACCCCACCACGGACCAGCUCUUCAAAUGACCCUGACCCCACCACCCUGACCCCACCACGGACCAGCUCUUCAAAUUACCCUGACGCCACCACCCUGACCCCACCACGGACCAGCUCUUCAAAUGACCCUGACCCCACCACCCUGACCCCACCACGGACCAGCUCUUCAAAUGACCCUGACCCCACCACCCUGACCCCACCACGGACCAGCUCUUCAAAUGACCCUGACCCCACCACCCUGACCCCACCACGGACCAGCUCUUCAAAUGACCCUGAACCCACUGUAUGCCACAGCACCCCAGUCUUUAGUGAUACCAGCAGGGCAGGACAGACACACCCCUUCCCUACAGCACAGUGUGUGAGCAGGUUUAGGGUCCCUACAGCACAGUGUGUGAGCAGGUUUAGGGCCCCUACAGUAGACUGUUUGAGCAGGGUUAGGGCCCCUACAACAGAGUGUGUGAGCAGGGUUAGGGCCCCUACAACAGAGUGUGUGAGCAGGUUUAGGGCCCCUACGGUAGACUGUUUGAGCAGGGUUAGGGCCCCUACGGUAGACUGUUUGAGCAGGGUUAGGGCCCCUACAACAGAGUGUGUGAGCAGGUUUAGGGCCCCUACGGUAGACUGUUUGAGCAGGGUUAGGGCCCAUACAGCAGACUGUGUGAGCAGGGUUGGGGGAGUGCAGAGUAGUAGCCUGGAGGACCAAGAGGACAGUAGCAGUAGUGAUGAUGAAGGGAAACUGAUUAUUGAGCUUUAGACAGGAGUUAGAUUUUCUACAUGGAAUACAGACAGUCUGGAAGAGGGGAGGAGGGGAGGAGGAGAGAAGGGGUGGAGGGAGGAGAGGGAGGACAGGAGAGGAGGGAGGGAGGAGAGAAGGGGAGGGUAGAGGGUGAAGGGAGGACAGGAGAGGAGGGAGGGAGGAGAGAAGGGGAGCGUAGAAGGUGAAGGGAGGAGAGGAAUGGAAGAGGGGAGGAGGAGAGAAGGGGUGGAGGGAGAACAGGAGAGGAGGGAAGGAGGGAGGGAGGAGAGAAGGGGAGGGUGAAGGGAGGAGAGGAAUGGAGGAGGGGAAGAGGGGAGGAGGAGAGAAGGGGUGGAGGGAGGGAGGAAAAGAGGGGAGGGUAGAGGGUGAAGGGAGGAGAGGAAUGGAGGAGGGGAAGAGGAAGGGUGGAAGGAGAAGAGGAAUAACCUACAGGAAUUUGACCUCUUUCCGAGCUUGUUUAAAGGAAGUGACUCCCUCUGGCAGACCUAGGGAGGAUGGAGGUGGAUAGGAAUGGGGAGGAGGCACUGACUAGCGUGGGGGAACGCAUGGAGAUUAACAGGAUAUUGGCUGGGGUGGGGAAGGCAUGGAGAUUAACAGGAUAUUGGCUGGGGUGGGGAAGGCAUGGAGAUUAGCAGGAUAUUGGCUGGGGUGGGGAAGGCAUGGAGAUUAGCAGGAUAUUGGCUGGGGUGGGGAAGGCAUGGAGAUUAGCAGGAUAUUGGCUGGGGUGGGGAAGGCAUGGAGAUUAGCAGGAUAUUGGCUGGGGUGGGGAAGGCAUGGAGAUUAACAGGAUAUUGGCUGGGGUGGGGAAGGCAUGGAGAUUAGCAGGAUAUUGGCUGGGGUGGGGAAGGCAUGGAGAUUAACAGGAAAUUGGCUGGGGUGGGGAAGGCAUGGAGAUUAGCAGGAUAUUGGCUGGGGUGGGGAAGGCAUGGAGAUCAACAGGAUAUUGGCUGGGGUGGGGAAGGCAUGGAGAUCAGCAGGAUAUUGGCUGGGGUGGGGAAGGCAUGGAGAUCAGCAGGAUAUUGGCUGGGGUGGGGAAGGCAUGGAGAUCAGCAGGAUAUUGGCUGGGGUGGGGAAGGCAUGGAGAUUAACAGGAUAUAGACACACACAUAGACACACACAUAGACACACACUCACAUACACAUAGACACACACAUAGACACACACAUAGACACACACAUAGACACACACAUAGACACACACUCACAUACACAUAGACACACACAUAGACACACACAUAGACACAUAGACACACACAUAGACACACACAUAGACACACACAUUGACACAUACAUAGACACUCACAUAGACACACACAUAGACACACACAUAGACACACACAUAGACACACACAUAGACACACACAUUGACACAUAGACACAUACAUAGACACACACAUAGACACACACAUAGACACACACAUAGACACACACAUAGACACUCACAUAGACACACACAUAGACACAUACAUAGACACUCACAUAGACACACACAUAGACACAUACAUAGACACAUACAUAGACACACAUAGACACUACACACCACAUAUACACACACAGCCUAACCCUAACUCAGCACCAACUCGAUACUCGGGAAUUGCUUCCAGCCAGCCAUGCAGUGUGUCAGCUAAAUAUCCAGCCUCCCAUCAGGGUGAUUAUUAGAGUGAGGGAGGGCAUGAGGAUGACUCUCCUAACCAAGGGGAUUUUUCUGGGUCAUAAACAGGACCAUGGGUCAUAAACAGGACCAUGGGUCAUAAACAGGACCAUGGGUCAUAAACAGGACCAUGGGUCAUAUACAGGACCAUGGGUCAUAAACAGGACCAUGGGUCAUAAACAGGACCAUGGGUCAUAAACAGGACCUGGGUCAUAAACAGGACCAUGGGUCAUAUACAGGACCAUGGGUCAUAAACAGGACCAUGGGUCAUAUAUAGGACCAUGGGUCAUAAACAGGACCAUCGGUCAUAUACAGGACCAUGGGUCAUAAACAGGACCAUGGGUCAUAAACAGGACCAUGGGUCAUAAACAGGACCAUGGGUCAUAUAUAGGACCAUGGGUCAUAAACAGGACCAUGGGUCAUAUAUAGGACCAUGGGUCAUAAACAGGACCAUGGGUCAUAUACAGGACCAUGGGUCAUAUACAGGACCAUGGGUCAUAAACAGGACCAUGGGUCAUAUACAGGACCAUGGGUCAUAUACAGGACCAUGGGUCAUAUACAGGACCAUGGGUCAUAAACAGGACCAUGGGUCAUAAACAGGACCAUGGGUCAUAUACAGGACCAUGUUGGUUACCAAGCUGUCAGGAUACUCACCCUCUUUCCAUCAGUGUCUCUGCCUCUCCUGCUAGCUGAUGACUGGACUGUUUGACAGGAGAACCUGAUACAGGAUCCAACUUUACAUUAAUACACUUCUGAUUGUUUUUGUUUUAUGGGACUCAAAUUAACCUGGAGUGACAUAUGUUGUAUAUAAGUGACAGAAAAACAUUUGGUUUAAUCAAUAUAGUGUACAUUGUUUAAUGUUGUUUUUCAGAUGUUUUUCAGGUGUUUUAUAAAAAUAAAAGUUGGAUAAAAUUGUAUCUGAAACCA